AUGGGGGUUCGGAGUAGGAGGCACCUCGACGUGCCGGCGAUCAUUUUCUUCACCGCAAGUUCUUUCUGUGGACCAUGCCGUGACAUCAGCUCAGCCUUUGCGCGCUUGGAACAAAAGUAUCUCAACAUCAACUUCUUCAAGGUUGACGUCGACGCGCAUAGCGCGAUUGAUCACUUGUCGGAAGGCUUCGGCGUGGUCGGCGCAGGGGUGGUCGGGGCAGGGGUGGUCGGGGCAGAAGUGGUCGGGGCAGGGAUGGUCGGGGCAGGGAGGAUUGGGCUAGGGGCGGUCGGGAAAGGCGUCGCAAGCGCGGUCGUGUUUGCUGCACAGCCUUCUCAGGAAGCAAAGGCGCGGAUGGAAGACUUAGACUCUAAAGCCGUUCAACGGGCGGGCACACGGACGUCCAGAGAGCUGCGGUUUCAACGGAAGACAAAAUCAGGCGCAAUUGCUGACGGCGUUGCUCCGGAGGACGUGCAUAAGGGCGAGAAUCAUGGUUCUUGCCAAGGCGCUGGAGCGCCGAAAGAAGAGAGAGCUGUAGCCGUGGAUCUGAAGCCCGCUCCCAGCUCCGUCGUCAUUUCUUGGGUCUUUGAUGACGUCUUCAGGAGCAAGUGGGGACUGAGCAGAGAGGAGAAAGAAAUGCGCGAAGUUCAGUUGGAGGCACAUGCUGAGCGGCUGGGGAGUUGCUGGGAAAUGCAUGGUGACGAUUUCACCAAGGCUUUUGCGGAGAAACUCAUGGCACGUGUAGAAUCCAUAUUCUGCACAGACAGCCAGCUGAGGGAGGUUUAUCCAUUCCUUGUGGGGCUGUUUGGUGCUUGCACAGGCGGACUAAGCUUACACGUCACAAGGGGUUCGCAGGAGCUUUGGCCUUUUGUUUUGGAGGAGUUCCGCCGGAAGCACGAGCGGUUGGCUCGAGGAGUGGAAUGGGCGGCACCUGAAACAACGAACUGGCGGCAUCAAAUCCUCUGCGUCCUCCAUCAUCUGAAUCACUACUCAAUACUUUUUAGCAAAGAGGAGGGUUCUACCGAAGCGCCAAGCGAUCUAAGAAGAGCAAUCGGAAAAGUCAGAUCAGAGCUGUUGAUUGACCAGAACAAAGCAGAACAAGAGCAAGCGGACAAGAAGGCAAAAGAGGAAAGGGAAGCCAGAGAAGCGAAACUCAAGGCCAAACGACAGCAGUUCAAGGAUUCCUUGAAAAGAGCGCCUUGGGACAAGGAAGUAGCUGUAACAGGCCAGGAGAAGCCGUAA